GUUGUUGCAACUUUGUACUUGUAAGUUGUAACUAGUAACAGUCACAACUCACAACUUCACACAACUCUAAACUCUUAAACUCUAAAAUAAGUCUGGUGAAGAGUGAGGAGAGAGAAUCCACGCAUUUUCUUCCUUUUUCUACUUUCAGGAGUUCACGGGAUCACAUAACGUGCAAAGCUAAAAUUGUUACUUAUCAUACAUGCAAUUUCCUAACAGUUUAAGACUUUGCAUUUGAUGGGCAUUCUAGAUGAUCAUCGUAAUGAAGGGCGUGAGGAUAGUGAUCUGAAAGUGAAAAUAAGUGAGUCAGCUGGUGCUGGAACCACAAAAAGAAAGGAGUUACAUGGGACAGUUCAUCUUCGUGCCUUAUCUGGUACUUGGCGAGAUAGUCCUCAUGGUGCCGUAUUCCAUGUCUAUAAGAUCGAUUUCUCCUGUGAUAGUGAGCUGUACUCUGGUUUUGUUCUCUUGACUGAGUCAAAGCUAGAUGAUGAUGUAGCUAAUAAUAAAGUGGAUUUGUAUUUACUUGACAAGAUGGUCAAAUCAACAGUUAUCCCAUGUGGAGAAAUACAUCUGGGGUCAGAUCAAAUAAAGCGAGCUAUGCACUUUCAUGAACUUCUCUUCAAUGGAUUAUAUGGAAAAUUGUUUCAAGGAUCAAAAGCAAGUGGUAUCCAUAGAGAGUUUCUUCUCCAGAGGGACAAUGAUCUCCUGUGGAGCACUUCAUACAUGUAUAUGAUCUUACCACUGGAGGUUCCGAACAUCGUAAAUGAUGAUGACUCUUGGAGAAUCAACUGGAAAGGGAUUGACUCUUGUGUCAGUGUGGUAGAAUUUUUAAGGAACUCUGCUUGGUUGAGUGCUGAGCAAUCUCGAAGCAAAUAUAGAAGUUUGAGUGGUGACUCAUCUGCAGUAGGUGGAAAUGUCACUGGCGAAGAUAUUAUAUAUCUGGCUGAUCGUUCAUUGUCUACAGAAAACUUGAAAGAAACUGUCGUUAUGUCAAUACACACUGGAAGGAUAUAUUAUGUCCUUGACAUCUUGGUCAAUACCUCUGCUGAGAGCCCUUUUGAUUCUAAAGCUGAUGGGACACCAUCAAAGUAUCCUAGUUUUGCUGAUUAUUUCAACAAAAAAUAUGGGAUUGUGCUAUUCUAUCCAGGGCAGCCAUUAUUACUGUUGAAGCAGACUCAUAACCCGUUCAAUCUUCUCUCAGAUAGUGAGGCAAGUGCAUUCCGUCGAAAGAUGCUGUCAACUGGUAAUCCGGUUGAUGCAAAGCGAAAUAAUACAGUUCAUAUGCCUCCUGAGCUUUUAGUCUGUAUUGACAUUGAUAUUUCACUUCUAAGGGCGUUGUAUCUAAUACCUUCGUUGAUUCACAGGAUGGAAUCUCUGAUGUUGGCUUGCCAACUAAGGGAAGAUAUUUCCUAUAAUGUGAACAGAUUCCAUAUGCCUAGCUCUCUGAUUUUGGAAGCGCUUACGACUCUAAGAUGCUGUGAAGAUUUUUCUUCAGAGCGUUUAGAGUUGCUUGGUGAUUCAGUGCUGAAGUAUGCAGUGAGCUGCCACCUCUUUCUUAAAUAUCCCCAGAAACAUGAAGGAAAGCUAUCUGGUCAGCGCCAAAGAACUAUAGGCAAUGCUAACUUACAUGAACUGGGAACUAAGCGUAGGAUACAUGCGUACAUACGUGAUAGUGCAUUUGAGCCCCGUCGUUGGGUUGCCCCUGGGCAGCUUUCUGUCCAUCCUGUUCCUUGUUCACAUGGUGUUGAUACAUCUGAAGUUCCUUUAGAUAGCAAAUAUCGUACAAUUGACGAGAAUGUCGUAAUUGGGAAGAGCUGUGACAGGGGACAUCGGUGGUUAGUUUCCAAAAGCAUUGCUGAUUGUGUUGAGGCACUUAUUGGAGCAUACUAUGUUGGUGGUGGAUUAAUGGCCGCCCUCCAUAUGAUGAAUUGGCUAGGGAUUGAAGUUAAUCUGGAGCCCUGUUAUGUUGAAAAGGCUAUUAAUCUGGCAUCUGACCGAUCUUGCAACCAAAAAGUUGAUCAUGUUACAGCCUUGGAGUCCAAGAUUGGGUAUGACUUUUCUACCAAGGGACUGCUACUCGAAGCUAUUACUCAUUUGACGGAGAAAGAUUCUGGGGUGGGCUAUUGCUAUGAGAGGCUGGAGUUUCUGGGCGAUGCUGUGCUGGAUGUACUGAUAACAUGGCAUCUUUAUCAGAACCACACAGAUGUUGAUCCUGGAGAACUAACGGACCUGCGUUCUGCUUCUGUGAGCAACGAAAAUUUUGCUCAAGUUUGUGUUAGGCGAAACCUGUUCCAGCAUCUUCAGCAUUGCUCCGAGUCGAUCUCAAAACAAAUAACAGAGUAUGUUACGUUGGUUAUGGCUGCAGAAGAUUCUAAGUCGUUGCAAGGAAGACAAUGCCCUAAGGUUCUUGGUGACCUUUUCGAAAGUAUUGCUGGGGCAAUACUGAUCGACACCAAGCUUAAUGUCGAAGAACUAUGGAGAAUUUUUUUACCAUUGUUGUCUCCCAUUGUGACCCCUGAUAAUCUUGAGUUGCCUCCCUUCCGUGAAUUGAAUGAAUUGUGUGAUUGCCUUGGAUACUUCUUUAAAGAACAUUGUGAAAAUGAUAAAGAGGUGGUGCUUGCAGAAUUGAGAUUGCAACUGGAAGAUAUCUUAUUAAUAGGAGAAGGAAUUGGUAAAAUUAGAAAAACUGCCAAGGGACAAGCUGCUCUGCAUUUGUUGAAAGAACUGGAGAGCAGAGGAAUUUCAUAUGACCGAUGUGUUUUGAAGAGGAAAAAAAGGGAAUCCAGUGAUGUCAGUUCAGGUUUAGUAGAUAUGAAAUUUAGCAUCAUAGAUGUAUCUCAGAAGAAGCAGAAGGUUUCUCAGUUGCUUUGUGGAGAUGAUGGAGUUUCAGAUGCUGCUAUUCCAGUUAUUGCAGCUAUUAGCACAGAGAAAGGGGGGCCAAGAAACUCACUGUAUGAACUAUGUAAAAGAUUGCAGUGGCCUAUGCCUAGCUUCGAAACUAUAGAACAAAAGUCAAGAGCACCCAUUGAAUUUGGUGAGGGUUCAGAUAAGAAGACUGGGUUCAAUAGUUUCAUGUCAAAAAUUUCCUUGCUCAUACCUGACUUCGGUGUUAUGGAGGUCAACGGGGAGGAAAGAGCAGAUAAGAAACGGUCUCAAGAUUCUGCAGCCUUGCACCUGCUCUAUAAACUGGAAGAGCAGGGUAAACUUGUAAUCAGCUGAUAAUAAGGUCGGUGGAACAGCAGGAAAAAUUCUCUGCCAAAGCCCUGAUAGAUUACUGUUAGUGAUGUUUGCUCCAAAUCCUGUUCUUCGAAGUACUGCGUUUCAGUUUCUGAUAGUCAUCGACAAGCAACGAAAUCUAUCCCCAAAUUAACAAGGAUAGAAGACCCUGUUAAGUUAGUCUUAGUAAAUAUGAUUAUGUCCCUGUACUUUAUGGUGUAACGUUCGUAACAGUGAAAUAAUCUGUAGUAGCCUUAUCUUGUCUGUAGCGUUGAUCAUAGUCGAUGAUUUAAUAAAAUGUCUUUUUUCUUCA